AAGCACAUCAAAGCUUCGUCUUUCCCCUAGCCAUAUCGAGAGGAGAGAGAGAGAAAAGAGAGAAUGGAGGAUGAAGUGAGAAGGUACUUGGAGAAGGCAGCGGGGGGAGACGGAGAUGACAAGCUGCCUCCGAGGCUCUUCGAGAGCCUCGUCAUGUCAGGCCUCCGUCUCGACCUCGUCGAGCCCGGUCGCAUCGUCUGCUCCAUGACCGUACCCCCUCGUUUACUGAACGCGGGCAACUUCUUGCACGGCGGAGCAACGGCGACGCUUGUGGACGUGGUGGGUUCCGCCGUCAUGUUCACCGUCGGAGCCCCCCUCACGGGCGUCUCCGUCGAGAUUAACGUCUCCUACUUGGAUGCUGCUUUCCUCGAUGAGGAAGUUGAGAUUGAGGCGAAGGUUUUGCGUGUUGGGAAGGCUGUUGGUGUCACAAGCGUAGAGUUUAGAAAGAAAAGGAGUGGAAAAAUUAUUGCUCAGGGGCGUCAUACUAAGUAUCUUGCUGUGCCUAGUAAAAUGUGAGCAGCUUGACAACUUGCAGAAAUGUCCGUUAUUUGUCAGUGUUUCUUAUCGGAAUUGUAUACUUUUGUGUCAUUUGAUUAUGAAAGAUUUCCAAAGCUAAUAUUCUUUAGUACGGUUCUGGAUUUGUUAGAUGCUAUAUUUUCUCGGCUAAUUAUCAAAGGUCAAAUCUAUCAUUUUAUUUUGUCUAUACACGAAUGACAAGGUUAGUGUGAAGUAAGUGGCUUUCUAAA